CAGGGCUGGAAGACAUUUGCUGCUUUGACUCGUGAUGUUCUCCAACAAUGAUGAAGCUGCAAUCAACAAGAAGCUGCCCAAGGAGCUGCUGCUUCGAAUUUUCUCUUUCCUGGAUGUGGUCACUCUGUGUCGUUGUGCUCAAGUUUCCAGGGCAUGGAAUGUCCUGGCCCUGGAUGGCAGCAACUGGCAGAGGAUUGACCUGUUUGAUUUCCAGAGGGACAUUGAGGGUCGAGUAGUUGAGAACAUCUCCAAGAGGUGUGGAGGGUUCCUGCGGAAGCUGAGCCUGCGUGGCUGCCUGGGAGUGGGAGACAAUGCACUCAGGACAUUUGCCCAGAACUGCAGGAACAUUGAAGUGCUGAACCUCAAUGGCUGCACCAAGAUCACAGAUGCCACCUGCACCAGCCUCAGCAAGUUCUGCUCCAAGCUCAGGCACCUGGACCUGGCUUCCUGCACUUCCAUCACCAACCUCUCCCUGAAGGCACUCAGUGAGGGCUGCCCACUGCUGGAGCAGCUGAACAUCUCCUGGUGUGACCAAGUGUCCAAGGAUGGCAUCCAGGCUCUGGUCAGAGGCUGUGGUGGACUCAAAGCUCUGUUCCUGAAGGGCUGCACACAGCUUGAGGAUGAAGCUCUCAAGUACAUUGGUGCCCACUGUCCUGAGCUGGUGACUCUGAACCUCCAAACCUGCUUACAAAUCACAGAUGAUGGCCUCAUCACAAUAUGCAGAGGGUGCCACAAGUUGCAAUCCCUCUGUGCUUCAGGCUGCUCUAACAUCACAGAUGCCAUCCUGAAUGCCCUGGGACAGAACUGCCCAAGGCUUAGAAUAUUAGAAGUUGCAAGGUGUUCCCAGCUCACAGACGUAGGCUUCACCACCCUAGCCAGGAACUGCCAUGAGCUUGAGAAAAUGGACCUGGAGGAAUGUGUCCAGAUCACAGACAGCACUCUCAUCCAGCUCUCCAUCCACUGCCCACGCCUCCAGGUUCUGAGCUUGUCCCACUGCGAGCUGAUCACGGACGAUGGCAUCCGGCACCUGGGCAACGGCGCCUGUGCCCACGACCGGCUGGAGGUGGUGGAGCUGGACAACUGCCCCCUGAUCACCGACGCCUCCCUGGAGCACCUCAAGAGCUGCCACAGCCUGGAGAGGAUAGAGCUCUACGACUGCCAGCAGAUCACCCGGGCAGGGAUCAAGAGACUCAGGACUCACCUCCCCAACAUCAAGGUCCACGCCUACUUCGCGCCGGUCACUCCCCCGCCCUCGGUGGGAGGCAGCAGGCAACGAUUCUGCAGAUGCUGCAUCAUCCUAUGACAGUGGGGAGGGAGCUGCCCUCCUGCAAACUGAGGCUUGAAUUCCACUGGGUAGAGGUCUCUGGUGGACACCGACA